GAGAAGCCAUGGCAAACCGUCACCCUCGCACCAGUCUCCAAGGGUCUCGUCACGAUUUGGCUAGUCGACGCCGAUCGACGCCAGUCAACGGUCGUUUCAUCGACUCCGUCCACGAGCUAGGGAAAGAUUUUUCGAGCGAAACAAAGAAGGUAUAUAACGCAACAACUGAAAGGCCAUUAGACUGCGAGUGCUUUCGAUCGGAGAAGACGGAGGAAAUUCGAGAACCCGUGCGUCGAGGAGGGUGCAGAGAUACGACCAGAGAUGGACAACGUUUUAUAUCGAUGAUGGACGAGGAAUAAAAGUAACUGCGAAUCAACCGUGGCGAUUAUACUCGGGAGAGUGUUCGACAUUUUAUUGGUCCUUCGUGAUUUAUCUAAGUUUCAAUUUUUAUUCGAGGAUCAAAGGAUAGAUUCUAGGAGCUGUACGAAAAGUUUAAUACAAAUCGUAGUGUUGUAAAUUCGUACCUUCGUAAAUUAUUUUUAACUUAAGUUUCAAUUUUUAUUCGAGGAUCAAAGGAUAGAUUCUAUGGCCUUCACGAGAAGUUUAAUACAAAUCGUAGCGUUUAUUGAAGAAAUUAAUUAUAAGUAGUAGUUUAUCUUUGAUUCGUCGGGGAAGAAUUUUGUGAAAGAAUUUUGUCUCUGGCUGUGGUUCAUUGAAAGUGGAAUUACUUUUUGCUGGUGUAUCUCGCGAAGAUCGCAUCGAAGGAAGUGUUAUCGUUCGCGGUGAAGUAUCUCGGUGGAUCGGUGCUGUUUUGUUGGAUGGUCGUUGUUCCCUGCAGCAGGAAGAUUCCAGUUGAAGUUACGGUCGAGAUGAAAAGAUACUCUUCGGCACCUUGUUUAGCGGAUGGAAGCGACGAUACUAAGAAGAUCAAAUCCAUGGAGGAGCCAAACGCGAGGGAGUAUCUGCAAUUGGCGCUAGCCAGAGUGCUGGAGCUUCAACGAGAGAUCAAAGAAGGCACGUACGUGACGGACCACACUAGCGAUCUUGGCGAAUCCAGCAGCGAGGAAGACCUGACGAAAGAGGUCCUGCGAAAGGUGUUCGAGAACUUACCUGGCACGCCAGGUGCGGUCGAUAGCAUCAUCGACAGAGCGUCCGGUCCAAGGAACUCCCAACUCGAAGCGAUCCACGGUAAAAAAAUCCAGCUUCUAGGGUACGACACCUGUCGGAGGACCGCGGUAGACUUCAUGAAGAACGCGGUUUACGAAACGAGGAGAAGCGCUCCUUCCAGAACACCUCAUUCGAAUCAUCCUGGCUUUCGUCUGGGAACUUACUCGAGAAACGAGCCAAGGCUGGCGCAUCGGAGGACAGGCUUGUUGAAAACCUCCCAGAGGAAGGAGGGUGGCUGUCUGUACGACGAGGAAAUUCGGGACAGAAUGCUGAGAAGCUUGGACCUCCACUUAGCUAAUAAACAAAGGGAUUACACCGCGAAAUUGAUGAGGUCGGGAAUCUAGCUUAAGAAAUCGCAGGAUUUCAUUCUGUUUCCUGCUGGAUGCAAUCGCGAUCCCGCAGGGGAGAUGUUUGUGACGUUUGCGAAUGAAUUUUGUCGAGGAACUUUAAUAGUACUUAACCCCUUCAUGCUCGAACGUAGAUGCAAUAAAUUAAGGGGAUAGUAUUUUAUUUUUGGUAAUUUGCCUCUAAUAUGUGUCACUGUGCAUUCUCACAAAUUUGAUAUAAUGGGACCACAAUGAGAUAAAUAAUAUUUUUUUGUUUCACAAGUGCUAAUGUUUGAAGAAUUGUUCUCACGUGAGUCGAAACGAUAUAGUGGGUAUUAAGGGGUUGAAGCAACUAUGAUAGGCCGUGAUUGUUUAAGAGAACUCGUAAUAUUUAUUAACAUCGUUUAAUCUAGUCAAGUAAAUCCAGGGUCGUACCUGCCUUAAGCAUCGAUCUAGUCAUGCACACAAGUCACUGAGAGUAUUAAUUGCGAUGGCGAGGCCUCGCUAAAGAUUAUUUUUCUACAAUUGUAUAGGAGCUCGAGAAAAUAAUAUGAAUGUUAAUUAAUUCUUCUAUCGAAACAAUCUUCCAAUUACUUGAGAGUUGUUUAGGGGAGGGAUCUGCUUAAAUAAUAUAAUUUUAACAGUGUCCACGUCAGAUAUAGAUGUAUUAUUCUCUUGGAAAAUGGCAUCACUCAAGCAUACACAAUCAAUUCCAUUAAUAUUCAUACCCUAUUGAUGAAAUUUAUCUAAAUUAAAUUGUAGGUUUAAUGUUUCGAAAUCAAUUUUUCAUUACAAGUACACAAAAGUGUAAAGUACAUUUAUAUACAGCCACUGUAAUAAGUGUUCGUACAGGAACCAUUUAUUUUAAAUUGGUAGCUGUACAAAUACUUCUCACGCUGACUGUACAUAUUUACAAUGAAACAUUUAUUCAGAAACAUGAAAUCCAUAUAAAUCCAUAUAUAUCCAUGAAUUCAUAUAAAUUUCGUCAACAGACACGGAGGGUACGAAUAAUUUAUGAGACUAAUAACUGUAAAUAGCUACCUAAAUCAUUACAGAAUCUUCAUAAUGAAAAUUAAGAAGCAGACAGGUCGAAUUCUACGUGUUCAUAUUACUUCAUCUAGCCUCCAUAAUUAUACGCGUCUGUAAUAAGCAUUAUAAGACAUUGUAACCCAAAUAAAAUUAUUCCGUAUACAAAUUCGUACCCCUGCGUGAAAGUUAACACCCCUUCCCUCCUAAAUAAUGUACAGCACAAUAGGAGACGAAUGAUGUUUUGUAAAAAACGUUUAUUCAUAAUGUACAAUUAAAAAAAGGAAACGAAACCUAUCAAAGUACCUACGAUACGACUUAAACGUCUAAAAGCUUCGCAAACCUCCGCUACGAAAGGUACAAAACAUGUCAGAAGGCUCAAUUAAUCGAUACUCGACCGGUUGACUUCUGUCGAUCGUUUAUGACAAUCAGCGAGACACCAAGCCUGAGUAAAAAUACGUCUGACUUCUAUAAAAAAUAAAUUAUCCUUUCUCUCUCUCUCUUUUUUCCCUAACAAUUAGACACUUCUCGUUUUUCCACGUUUUCUUUUCUAUAUUUCCUUUUUUUUUUUGGAUCACAUACUGGGUAUGCGCGUCCUCGAGAACGUUCGCGUUACUCCUAACGAAAUAUUAUGCACAUUUAUGCGGUCUACGAGAUAUCUAACGUAAUCGAAACGCAGCAGGACAUCGACGGAAGAAGACGCCUCUAACGCACGAACGCUUGUUCAUCCAUCUCAAUCGUUUCGCCAAUCGUUUCUCGCGUUUCAAAAUUCGACCAACAAAACGACGCGCUUUUGGUCGUAAUCAGCCUCGGAGUUGCACGAAAUGCAACGAAAAAUUUACGUUUCCAAAGACUCCGUCGAUUCUGUGCGCAAAAAUGCACAUUUAAC